AUGAUUGUACAAAAAUAAACUUCAGGUUCAGGUGGAUUCAAGAUGCCAGCUGAAAUAGUAAGAGGAAAGAAAUAUUAUCAAUAAAAUAUCAAUAAUUACUUUCCAACAAAGGAUGAGCUGUUUAAUUAGUUGGGAAUUAUGUCUGAUAAUGACUUGAUUAAAAUGAAUGAUCAUAAAGGAGAUCAUCUGGGAAUUUUUAAAUAAUUUAUAUAGGAAAAAGUAAAGAGACUAUUUUAUAUCAAUAUAGUAAGAGUAAUUAAAUUACUUGCCAUCUAAACCUCCAACUCCUUUAGUGAUUAAAUAGAUAGAAAAUAAAUACUUAAAGAUUGAUUUCUUAAGAAUUAGAGAAAAUGUUAGAGGAGCAUAGAUAAUAAAUUAAUCCAUUUGCAGAAUAAUAUGA